GUUUUAUUGAAAUGUAAUUGAAAUUUUGUUUAUCAAGAUUUUUUUAAUUUUUUUUAAUGACAUCGUUAUGGCCACCAAGCCGAGAGUGAUAUACUGGUUCCGGACAGACCUGCGUCUGCACGACUCGCCUGCCCUCCAAGCAGCAUUGGAUCUCGAGCCGGAGGUUCUCUGGCCAAUAUUCACAUGGGAUCCUCACUAUGUGUACAAGGCGAGAGGAGGAGUGAACAGAUGGCAGUUUUUGUUAGAUUGCCAAAACGACCUUUCAAAAUCCAUCACAAAGCUCAACAAAAAGUCCAAAUUGUUCGUCUUGAGAGAAGGUCCGCAAACUCUGUUCCCCAAACUCUUCAAAACCUGGAAGCCCACGCAUCUCGUCUUCGAAAAGGACACGGACGCAUACGCCCGCUCCCGCGACGAGGCCAUCGCAAAGGCCGCCACGGAGGCCGGCGUCCAGGUCAUCAUCAAGCCAGGCCGGACGCUCUGGGACAGCGAUGAAAUCGCCAAGCACCACCAUGGCGGUAAGCCUACCAUGUCGAUUACCCAGCUCCAAGCUGCUGGCAAGAAAAUAGGCCCUGUUGCGAAGCCCAUGGCUUGUCCCAAGAGCUUGCCUGAUCCGGGCGAUAUGCCUAUAGACUUUGAACGGCAUCUUCCGAGCAAAACACCAGAUUUCAACGCAGGUUUUAGAUCUGAGACGGAUACGGGAUACAGCGCGAUUGCAGGGCCAAACGGCGAUUUCGCAAUCGAGACGCUGGAAGAGCUCGGCUUUCCUCCCGCCACGACACCCCAUCGCGGCGGCGAGAGCGUCGCCCUCAAGGCCCUCGACGAACUAAUCAAGAACAAGACCUACGCCGCGACGUUCCAAAAGCCAAAAACAAGCCCAGCCCAGUUCAGCCCGCAAUCCACCACGCUUCUCUCCCCGUUCUUCCACUUCGGCGCCCUCUCCGUCCGCCUCUUCUACUGGCGCGUCCACGAAGUCGUCGAAUCCCACGGCAAGGGUGCAUCAACGCCGCCAGAGAGCCUCAUCGGCCAAGUCCUCUUCCGCGACAUGUACUUUGCCGCCCAAGCAGUGCUCGGCCAAUCCUUCGCGCAGACAGCAACCAACCCUUACUGUCGCUUCAUCCCGUGGCACUUACCCUCCAAGCGAGACCCAACAACGGGAUUGGCCACGGGAGAAUACCACAUAGACAAGACGGAAGCCGAAACAUGGUUCCAGAGAUGGAAAGCCGGCGUCACGGGCUUCCCCUGGAUCGACGCCCUGAUGCGCCAGCUCAAGGAAGAAGGCUGGAUCCACCAUCUCGGGAGACAUAGCGUCGCAUGCUUCCUCACCCGCGGCGGCUGCUACGUCGACUGGGAGCGCGGCGCCGAGGUCUUUGAGGAGUGGCUCAUCGACCACGAGCCCGCCUGCAACAUCGGCAACUGGCAGUGGCUCGCGUGUGUGGCAUUCUUCACGCAGUAUUUUCGGUGUUACAGCCCCGUAUCGUUUGGCCAAAAGUGGGACAAGAAUGGCGACUUCAUCCGCCGUUGGGUCCCAGAACUCGAAAAGGUCAAAGCAAAAUACAUCUACGAGCCGUGGAAAAUGCCGCUCGUAGACCAAAAGGCGGCCGGUGUGAGAGUAACCGGCGACGGCAUCUCAGACCGCCAAGAGGGAUCGUACCCCAAGCCCAUGUUCGACUUCAAUGAGCGACGAAGCAUCUGUUUGUCGGCUAUGAAGAAUGCUUAUGCGGUUGGGUUGUAUGGUAAUGACGACAAGGUUUUGGACGGGAGCUGGAGGUCGCUGUUUCCAUCUCCCGACGAAGCUGAGGUUAUGGGCGAGUAUGAGAGCGACUAUGGAGACAACGCAGAUAUUGGAGACGAGGACGGUCGAGAGGAGGUAGAUGGAGAAUCUUCAGGCAUCAAGCGCGCGGCGCGAGGAAAUAGCACAGAUGCCAAGACAAAGAAGCAGAAGACAGAAGAGUAGUUUGCUAGAAAAUGAACCGUGUCUUGAGAAUAAAAUGAGAUACUUGUCCGGCACCCCAUUCAUGGCUAACCUCGCGAUUUUAUUUAAUCU